UCUCUCUCUCUCUCUCUCUCUCUCUCCAAUUAUUUUAUCUUCCUCGAGACAUCAGCUUCCCAAACAAUGGUUUUCACUUUCAGCUUAUAUAGCUCCGCAAAUAUCACCCAUCCUCGAAGCAAAGAUCAACGGGUCCCGUUCUAAUGCGUAUCUCACCCCCCACACGCUCUCCACCUGCUGCUGCUUCUUCUUCUUCCACCGAUGACCCAAUACUCUGUUUCUUGAGCGUCUGAUGGUUUUCUUGUAGCUAUCUCUUCCCCUGUCUCUGUAUCUGUCUGUGUCUUUGUCUCUCUCUUCUUUUCGUUUCGUUUUUUUUUUUUUGGUUUUUUCCUGGUUGGCCCUUUGUUCUAUGGACUUUGGGAUGGUGAGUCUGGAUGGGCUGGUGGGCACAGAUCCUGGCGGUGGCUUGCCUCCUCACGCUUCAGAUCCUGGAGCGAAGCACAAGCUGUACGGAUCUGGGCUGUUCAAGCAAGAGCGGUCAUCGGCAUCGUCGGCCGAGGAUGAGUGGCGGAGCUCGAAGAUGGUCAAGACCGAUGAUUUCUCAGCUCCCAAGGCAAUGCUGCUGCCCCAGCGGAGCCCCACCGCUUCGCUGAGAUCUAAUAACUCGGCCGGUCUCUUCUCUUCUGAUGGUCAGCAGAUGCUCAGUUUCUCUUCCCCUAAAUCGGACGGUCUCCCAAACUCCCACGCUCCUGCAUUGCCGUCCUACUUUAACUACACACCAUCCUUGUGCAGUAACUAUGCAGGCUUCAACUCUGCCGCAAGUUUGAAUGGGGCAAGCAUGCAAGGGGUCUUGGCAGGUACAAGAGGUCCAUUCACUCCGUCUCAGUGGAUGGAGCUGGAGCAUCAGGCCCUGAUCUACAAGUACAUCACUUCAAAUAUCCCUAUACCCUCCAACCUCCUCAUCCCCAUCAGGAAAGCAUUUGAUUCUGCUGGUUUCUCCUGCUACCCUGGUGGGCUCCUGAGAUCCAAUUCUUUGGGCUGGGGUUCUUUCCAUCUGGGGUUCUCCAACACCAGUGAUCCUGAGCCAGGAAGGUGUCGGAGGACCGAUGGGAAGAAAUGGCGGUGCUCGAGAGACGCAGUUGCGGAUCAAAAAUACUGUGAGCGACAUAUGAACAGAGGCCGCCAUCGUUCAAGAAAGCCUGUGGAAGGCCAAACUGGCCAUCCCGUCUCUGGGGCCACCAACACCACUUCCUCCACCAAACAGCUGCCUGCUGCGCCCUCCGCUUCGGCUGCGACUGUGGUGCCCAGCGGCGGUGCAUCUAACAGCCUCACCAUUGCUCACCAACAGGUCAAGAGCUUGCAACAUGGUGUUCUUAAUCUAGCUGGAGAUGCUUCAAUGAGGAGGUUCUUUACUGACAAAGGUAGUGUAGGUGAGAAAAUGCAAAACCCUCCGAGCCUGUCUAUGUUGUCACCGACUUUUGACUCUAAUUCAAAGGGAAACCCAUUCAUGAUAAUGAAGCAGCAAUUUGGACUCGGCAACUCUGACUCCUACCUCAAUGCUUCUGUGAAAAACUCUUCCUUGUUAGACUCCCGAAACUAUGGCUCUUCCCAAGACCUGGGCGAGCAAGAUAGCGAGUCGCACCAUUCUGUUCACCAAUUCAUGGAUGAUUGGCCUGUAAACCCAGCAGAUCGCUCCGCCAUGUCGUGGCCUGAAAUCGAUAUGCAGUCCGACAGGACUCACCUAUCAAUCUCUAUCCCGAUGUCCACUUCGGACUUGAUUUCUGCCACUUCCUCUCCCAACCAUAAGAAGGCCAUGCCCUCCCCGCUCAGACUGUCCCAUAAAUCAGACCCGGUUCAGAUGAAUCUAGGAGUAGGCAGUUUCUUCAGUGAACCCACGCAUAAGCAGUCAAAUUCCUUACCCAUCUCCUGGGAGACUUCCAUGGGUGGACCCCUGGGCGAGGUAUUGCAUCACAGAAGCAAUAGUGCCUCCGAAGGCAAGAAUGCCUCGGUGCUCAACCUCAUGAAAGAUGGUUGGGAUGGUAGUCCUCCACUUGGAUCAUCUCCAACCGGGGUGUUACAGAAGACAACAUUUCGGUCACUGUCCAACAGCAGUGCAGGCAGCAGCCCUCGGGCAGAGCAUGCCAAAAUCCACGAAGGGAUGGCUCUGUGCAACGGCCUUCUUGGGUCAACCCUCAUGAACUCGUCCUUGUAACCCGCCGUGUAAGUGAAUUUGAUUUGCCGGGUGGUGAGGAGGCACCACGAGGCAAAUGAGUGAGUUUCACCCUGCUGCGUACUACCUAAAUGUCGAAAUUUGUUCCUUUUUCGCUUGACUGUCAUAAUUUGUCUCUUUUAUUCACUAUGGUCUGCUCAUCGGCCCAUAGGUUGUAUCACAGUAAAGUAUGUUAAAUUUUGCAGUACAAGCUAAGUAUCUGCACCCCGUGAGUUGCAUAUUUUUAUCAGACCAAAAACUUUGCUUGUAUGGAGAGGGGAUAAAUAUUGCUGGUUGGAGGGGGGCAACUGGUAUGGUUAGUCACAGGGACCAUGCUGGCAGAGCUACACAUUAUUGACGGGGUCCCCCAGUGAUUUAAGGCACAAGGGCAGGACUUGAUGUAUAGAAAAGCUCGUGACGCUACGGCAACUCAUGGGUCUUUUCUCAUGAUUCCAAGUGUUUUACUCAUGCAUUGACAGUAAUGGAUGGACCCUGUGCCGUUGAAUGAGCCGCCUGUGGUUCGACCCGUGUUCAUAGAAAACACCAAGAAAACACAACUGUGGUUGGGAAGGUCCAAGAACUUCGAAGCAUUAAUGAGUUAUUUCAUAGCAGCAGUAGUUUGUGGAGGC